GGGAGGGAUCGGUUGCUGCUUUCCCCUGUCCCUACGUCGGCCGGUGAAGGUGAACGUCUCCUCCAGGGCAGCGGCUCUGAGAUUCGAGCUGUCCUUCCUUCCUUGACACCGUCCCGCAAUGGCUCCCGGAGCAGGAUCCAUCUUCGCCGCCGUCCCGCAGGCCCCGCCAGUGGCCGUCUUCCAGCUCACGGCGGAUUUCCGCGCCGACGGGGAUCCUCGCAAGGUCAACCUGGGCGUGGGAGCCUACCGCACAGAUGAGGGUCAGCCAUGGGUCUUGCCAGUGGUCCGGAAGGUAGAGAUGAUGAUCACCAAGGACACCAGCUUGAAUCAUGAGUACCUUCCCAUCCUGGGCCUGCCAGAAUUCCGUGCCAAUUCCUCACAAAUUGCCCUAGGAGAGGAUAGUCCAGCCAUCAAGGAGAACAGGGUGGGAGGUGUCCAGUCCCUGGGGGGCACAGGAGCCCUGCGUAUUGGAGCAGAGUUCUUGAGACGCUGGUACAAUGGAACCAAUAACACAGCAACCCCUGUCUACAUUUCUUCCCCUUCCUGGGAAAACCAUAACUCUGUCUUCACGGAUGCUGGCUUCAAGGAUAUCCGGACUUACCGCUACUGGGAUGCUGCAAACAGAGGUUUAGACCUCCAGGGAUUUCUGGAGGACUUGGAGAAAGCUCCAGAGUUCUCCAUUUUCAUCCUCCAUGCUUGUGCUCAUAAUCCAACUGGCACAGACCCCACACAGGAGCAGUGGAAACAAAUUGCUGCCGUUAUGAAGCGCCGGUUCCUGUUCCCAUUCUUUGAUUCUGCCUACCAAGGUUUUGCCUCAGGUUGCCUGGACAGAGAUGCCUGGGCUGUCCGCUACUUUGUUUCAGAGGGCUUUGAACUCUUCUGUGCCCAGUCCUUCUCAAAAAACUUUGGCCUGUACAAUGAGCGAGUGGGAAACCUGACUCUGGUAGCACAGGAUGCAGACAACGUACAGCGUGUCCUGUCCCAGAUGGAGAAGAUUGUCCGCACGACUUGGUCUAAUCCCCCAUCACAGGGGGCACGUAUUGUGGCUACUACGCUUACUACUCCAGAGCUUUUUCAAGAAUGGAAAGAGAAUGUGAAGACAAUGGCUGAUCGGGUCUUGCUGAUGCGGGCAGAGCUGAGGUCUCGGCUUGAGGCCCUGCGCACACCCGGGACUUGGAACCACAUCACAGAGCAGAUUGGCAUGUUUAGCUUUACUGGCCUGAACCCUAAGCAAGUCCAAUACCUGAUCAAAGAGAAACACAUCUACCUGAUGGCCAGCGGUCGGAUCAACAUGUGUGGCUUGACCACCAAGAACCUGGACUACGUUGCUGCCUCCAUCCAUGAGGCUGUCACCAAAAUAUAGUCAACGAGAAAUGACAGUUUAUUCAGGGGCAUCCAACUUUCUCCAGUAGUUUGGGAUGUUUUUAAACAAAAAGAAACCAGGGGUGGUGGGAAUUUAAGCAGAGAAGCAGCCAGAGGAAUGGAGGGGAGUGCUUAACCCUUUUCCCUCCUGCCACUCUUCUACUUGAAAUCUCCCACCCCACAAUAUGGGAAAGAGGGGGUAGUAUCUUUCUCUGCAGGUGUAAAACUGGCUGGAAAUUUUGAGUGGAAAAGUGACUAGGGGGAAAGUAGUUCCCUGCACUCUUCCCCUGCCAUCUUAACUUUGCAGUCUUAGCCCAAACCAUUGAGAGAAAGUCACACAGGCCUUUAUGUAACGUCUUGGCUUGCUUUUAGCAAUGCUCACAAGAGAACCUCCAUCCUGCAAUAUGUAGUUUCAUUAGCGAAGUUCACCUCCUUCAUCUCAAUGACUCCGUGUGGAUUGAAAAGAGCAAUUCUGUUAUGAAAGCAUCUCUCUUGUCUCUUGAGGGCCCUUGAUUUGUGUGCAUACAGAUUGUGGGGACUGACAGUGACUGUUUCUCUUUGUGAAAGCUGACGGUUUCAUACACCUUGUAUUAGUAGUGAAUAACUCGAACCUAAGCACAUGGGCCACUUCUGGCCAACUUGUGUGUCCAUUUGCACUUUAUGUAACCAACCCUCCUUGACCCAUGCCUGCUGCGGGAAAGGGGUUGUGUACUGUAGGAUGAAUACCCAGUGGUUAGUCUCGUUGCAUUGGCUGCAGCCUGCAUGGGCUAUUUCAGGGAACAAGGCUGGUGCUGCUACUUUUGGUUUCCAGUCUUACACAAGCUAAGAUUGUAAUCUUAAUGAACUGUACUUUUCUUGCCAUUACAACAAAAUAAAACAUUUCUUCAUGCCA